AUGCCACAUGUACUCAGAAUAAUCCCGAGCGGAGAGGCUUGCGCUCAGCCGCUCGCUCUGUCUCCCAACAUGGUUGACGUGCACGCCGUCAAUUGCCGCCUUGCGCAAGCUGCUCAUUCCGUACGAGCUGCCAUGCGUUCCCUCGGUGGUGGACGGGAGUCACAGGAUUCCUCCCAUAAGGCCAUUCUCGCUAUGAGUGAGAUCAUAGACCUUUUAUACCAGAUCCGGGAACAACUGAGUUCAGACGAGAAAUGGACUAUCGCUCAGGCGCGGUUGAAUGCCCUCGAGGAGCUCUUGAACUCCUUCGAAAUUACGAUCGCGACGAUGGAGAUCAAUUUUCAGCCAGGAGGGGUGGGAAGUCGUGUCUAUAGAAAGGGCCUACUGGAACAGACGUUCAUCCAACGGUUGGAACAAUACAGGAUGGCUUUCCUCGUCGCAAUGCAGCCUGAUUCCCGUGAGAAAGCUGCGAUGGAGCACCAGCUACGAACCUCAAUACGCACGUUCCGUGACUUGGAGCCCGAAUGGCUGCGACAAUACCCCUUUUGCGGGGAGGACUUCCACUGCAUUACGAGUCCAGUCACGUCGAGAAACCUGAUGAAAUUUACUGGGAUGUGCAAUAGGCGGGAGCAGGGAACAUGCCAGUGGAUAUUUCAGGAGGAGAGCUACAAGGCUUGGCUUUUUGGCUCCUACCGGACGUUAUACUUCAUCGGGCCAGCCGGUGCCGGGAAAACAUUCAUGGCUGCAUCUGUUACCGAAAACCUGCGAAAUACCUUUGCUCUCUCCGACGUUGCAGUAGUCUUCCUGUUCUGUGAGGAUGAGAAAGAAGACAGCCCGCGGUCUUCGAUAUCUAUACUUGAAAACUUUCUUGCUCAACUUGUCCAUCGCAGGGGUGCUGCAUCGCAUACGACUGCGGCCUUGUACGAAUCCGAGGAGUUCUUACGGGGCCAAGCAUCAGCAAAAGCUUACCAAAGCGCAAUCCGGGCAGAAGUCAAUCAUUUCUCCAAAGUCUUUGUCAUUAUAGAUGGACUAGACUCGUUUGGUGAAAAAGAUCGUAUACUAAAUCGAUUUCACAAGUUACCAGAGCACGCACAGUUGCUCAUUACUCUACGUGAAGCACGGCAUGAGAAGGAUGUCUGCAUACCUAUCAUGGCGUCUCAACGGGACCUCGAGACUUACAUCGAUGCUCGACUUGGCAGAGAUUCUGGCCUUACGGCUCUUUUAGAACAAUAUCCUCCUGAAUAUGAACUCAGAGAUGCAGUCAUUGCGCAGGUGGCUCUGAGAUCGCGUGGUUUGUUUCUCCUGGCCCAACUUCACAUGGAUCUUUUGUCAAGGUGCCCUGAUGCGAGCGUACUUCAAACGACUUUGUUGCACCUACCGAAUACCCUGAAUGAUGCUUAUGCUGAAUCGAUGAAGCAGUUGGCAAGUCAUAAUCUCCAUGCCAGCCGGUGCAUUUCUUGGACACUAUAUGCCUACCGACCACUUACCGUGGCGGAGUUGGAAUAUGCUGUAUUCUUUGAGCCUCAAAACGGCGCUGCUCAGAAACAGCCUUCUUCGUUCGAGCAUAUCCUUUACGUCGAAACCGCAGGCAUUCUCAUCGUUGAUCAGAUUACCACUACUGUCCAUCUUGUCCACAGAACAGCGAAGGAAUACUUGACGGGAGCAGCAGCGAGGGUGUUUUUCCCUACGGCGCGGAAACACAUAGCUGAAACAUGUCUCACUGUCAUUGCGUCGGAUGAGGUUGUGGAUGACUUUUACCUGAAUCACCGUGCAACCCCCAAAAUCUCGAACAGCAGCCUUCUCGCCUAUGCAGCCACCUAUUGGGGAGAUCAUGUCCGUGAGCUCCCCGAAGAAGAGCAGACAACCCAGGUCCUUAUUGGAACAUUUCUCAACAAACUUUGCUGGAGGCGGCCUCCAAUCUACGAAGAUUACAGCGAGGAUGAUACCGAUAUAUUUCCAGAACUGGGUCUGGCAAGAUAUUAUCCUGACUGGAGUGCACUUCAUGUCUUAGCCUACUUUGGAAUAACAACGAAAGCCAAACGUCUAAUAGAGAAAGGGGCUGACGUAAACGCCAACGACAACGCCUUAGGUCUCACGCCGCUUCACUGCGCUGCUCACCGUGGUCAUGAAGAGAUGGUAGAGCUUCUUCUUGAUAGCAAAGCCAACAUAAAUGCAACCAGUAACGAAGGGUAUACUGCAAUGCACCUUGCUGCAGAACAAGGUCAGAGAAGAAUAAUGCGCCUUUUGCUUUCCAGACGCGCCAACUCCAGAACGGCCAAUCGAAAAGGUGUUACGGCACUACAUCUGGCUGUCGGAACGGCAUUGGAUGAAGCGACUGUGCCCCUACUUAUCAAGAGCCGGUCUGACAUGGACGCCCAGAAUGCACUCACCGGAAAUACAACGCUCCAUAUUGCUAUAGAACUCAGGAGACCUCGGAUUCUUCUUUUUCUUCUCGAAAAAGGUGCGAAUCUGAACGUUUUCAACAAGCAAGGCCUCACUCCUUUGCAAUUGGCUGCUAAGCUCGAUAACUGUGAGGCACUUACUAUGUUGCUUGAGAAGGGCUCAAAGGUCGACUUCUGCUCUUUGACGGGCUUGACAGCUUUGCACAUUGCCGCCAUGGAGAAUAACUGGAUAGCCUUUGACAUACUGAUAGUCGGGGGAGCGGACAUCAAUACAUGGGACGAGGAUGGUGAAACGCUGCUCCAUAAGCAAGCACGGCAGGCGUCAAGAUCAACUGUUGCGUCCCAUCUCCUAGAACAAGGAGCCAACAUCGAGGCCCGCACCUCACAAGGCUACACACCGCUACAGUGUGCGGCCAUGGAUGGAAACAAGAAGAUGUUCUUUUUCCUGUUAGACAAUGGCGCAAAGGUCGACGUUGAAACACCCAAAGGAGAGACACUCCUCCACAUAACACCUCCCUCUAGCCAAGACUGUCUAGACAUCCUCAUGACGCUCCUGAACAUGGAACUGGACGUCUCGGCAAUUUCCAUCAAUGGCUGGACACCUCUCCAUCAAACAGUAAUUAUGGGCACAGGUGCCCCAGACAUUGAGUUCGACAAGACAUCGGAAUACAUAGAUCUCCUCCUCUCGCAUGGCGCCGAUAUAAACGCUGCUGCGGAAUCACCGAAAGGUGAAGCACCACUACACCUUGCAGCUAUAGCGACCAUGCAGCGACCAUCCUUGGUGUCCUAUCUUGUCAGCCGUGGUGCUUCCGUCAAUUGCACGACGAGCGAAGGGAAAACACCCCUCCAUUUGGCCGCUGAACAAGGCCGCAAUUCAAUUUUCCAGGCUCUCCUCACUGCGGGAGCAGACUUGACUAUCAAAGUUCCAAACCCUACUACCGACGACGAGGAGGAUUCCGACGAUGGGGAUACUCCUCUGGAUAUAGCUCGAAAGCACCCACUGAGUUCCCACUGGUUCGACGAAACGGGCAAUUUGCAGCUGUCCGUAACUGGCAGCCAGUGCGGCAGUCUAGCAACACCAAUCGAGGAGCUCGACACAGAUUCAGAAAGUGAUGGCGAAACCCACCGGUCGACCUCGGCUUCAGUUGGAGACGGAGAAUCACAGUGGGGAUCAGUGGUUUCCACACAGGUGGCCUCUACACUUAGCGGAGCAUAG